UCCAUUGCUAUAUCUACAAAACCAAACCACAUUCUUCUCCCCCUCUCUCUCUCUCUCUCUCUCUCGCUCUCCUUCUUCUCCGUUUCUCAAUCUAAUAUUUCUCUGUUCAAUUCAGUCAUCGAUACAGUACUUAGGGUUUCCCCUCAAACGCCGCCGAUUCUCUGAAAUUUGAACAAUGGCCAUGGACCAAUCCUUUGAAGAUGCUUCUGGAGAACUCUAUGGAGAAGGUGCAUUUACUUUCAACAACACCAAGCCAGACCCAAUCACAGCCUCUCUACAUCCUUCUGAAGAUACCAACGGCGAUUCCAGCUUCGACUGCAACAUUUGCCUAGACUCAGUGCAAGAACCCGUUGUUACCCUCUGUGGCCACCUCUUCUGCUGGCCCUGCAUCCACAAAUGGCUUCAUGUACAGACCACCGAUGAACACCACCAAAGACAUAAUAAACAGUGUCCUGUUUGUAAAUCCAAAGUCUCUCACUCUACUUUGGUUCCCUUGUAUGGCCGAGGCGGUGGCAAUAGUCAGGACAAAGAUACAACCUGUGCUGUGCCUAGAAGACCGGUUUACAAGCUUGAGAUGGUGAACUCAAGUACCGAUCUUCGGUUAUCUCAACGGGUUCAUUUCAAUAACCGGCAUGAUGGUUACUACCCUGUCUCAGGGGUGAUGAGUUCCAACAGUUUGUCAUACUCUCCUGUUAUGGAUCCAAUGGUGGUGAUGGUUGGUGAAAUGGUGGCGACGAGGCUGUUUGGAACCAGAGUUAUGGAUAGAUUCACGUAUCCGGACACUUACAAUCUCGCGGAGACUAGCUGCCCGAGGAUGAGAAGACAGAUAAUGAAAGCCGAUAAAUCAUUGGGAAGAAUUUUCUUGUUUUUAAUAUGUUGUGUGGCUCUGUGUCUUGUACUGUUUUAGAGUUCUUCUCCUCACUAGCUUUGUCUUGCUCUUGUGAGGAAACUUAGACAAAGAAUGUACAUUUGUGUUGGUAGAAACGAAUGAAAGUUGCUUAAUGUUGA